UUAUUUUUCAAAACCGGAAACAGCUAUAUUGAUACUGGCUAGUUUGACGCUGGAGUGGAAAAGAUGGCUGCUUCGGCGGCAACGGCGAGUUCUUCCCCCGGUUUAAGUCCGAAUUACGCCGUGAUUUGCUCCUUCUUGGAGCGGUACGGAGCGCUGCUGGACCUGCCGGAGUUUACUUUCCCCCAGCUGGAGAGAUAUCUGCAGGACACUUCAUCAGUUCCAAAGCUGCUGGUUGAUCUUCAUGUCAAGCUGCUGAGGAAAAUCGGCAAGUCUGUGUCUGCAGACCGAUGGGAAAAGUAUCUUGUCAAGCUGUGCCAAGAGUUCAACACAACAUGGGCGUGGGAGUUGGAAGAGAAAGGUUACAAGAGCCUGACAACAGAGAGCAAGACGGCCAUACUCAAAUAUCUGUGCGAAUGUCAGUUUGACGACAACAUCAAGUUCAAAACCGCCAUCAAUGAAGAAGAUCCAGAUAAAAUGCGCCUGCAGCCAAUUGGCCGGGACAAAGAUGGUCAAAUGUACUGGUUCCAGCUGGACCAGGACGACAACGUGCGUCUUUACUUGGAGGAGCAGGACGACCUGGACGGCUCGUCGUGGAAGUGCAUCGUCAAAGAUAGAAACGACUUGGCUGAGGUCGUGGCUCUUCUGAAGACGCAGAUCGACCCGGAGCUGCUGAAAAGAGAUGAGCUUAAAAAAGCUGAGGGUGAAAAUGGUGGGGAAAAAGGUGAAGUUAAGAAGAACGAGGACACAUCAGAUGAAGAAAAAGACUCCAACAAAGCUUCCUGUCCGGUUUCACCAAAGACGGAGAAGGACGAGAAAGACUCUCAAAAUGAAAAGUUGAAAUGUGAAGCCUCCGAGGCCCAGUCGUCAUUGAAUGGUGUCAUUGAAAGUAAAACCGAAGCCGAUCACUGCUCAGAAAAUAAAGGCACCAAAGUCCAGAGCAUCAAAGAAGAGCCGAUGGAGGUCACGGACACUAAGACAAGGACAGAAUCGAGUGAAACGGCCUCGGAUACGACCACUCAUUCAUUAGUAAAGGUUGAAAAAGAAGUGGAGACGAAGAAGAACGCAGCUGAGGAGAUACAGCAAGCACUGAAGAAUGAGCAGCAGAACAAGAUACCCCUGAAGAAAAGAGGAAUGAAGUUCAGUGAAGACUUUGAGAAAAGCAGCAGCAACAUCGUGCCAACUCCACCAGUCACACAGGUCAAAGACGCUCCUAAAGCUGACGUGACUCCGGAACAGACAAAGAGGGUAAACGACCACGUCAACGGAGAAAGCCUGCCAGAGUCGGAGAAAGAUCUACACUGUCGUCAGACGUUAGGAGAGCAGAAGACUGAAGCAACCGCCGUUAAAUCCAACUUGGAGCUGAAAAAGGACUCACCGUCAACAGACACAGAAAGAACAGAUCAAAUGGACACGGCCGGCAGUGAACGUGUCACACAGGAGGUCACGUCGCACCAGGAGAAGUCCACGACCGAAGCUGUGGUGGGAGAAAAUGAUAGCGCUUCGGCAGCAGAAGAGAAAGAAGCUCACGAGUCUCCUCCACCACUGAAAGCUGAGUCACCACCUGGACCUAAAGACGUGGUUAAUAAUGCACCAGACAAAUCAUGUCAAGAAGAGGUUGAAAAUAUAAAACACAGCCUAGCCUGUGAAGUCGAGGCGUCUAAUGGAAAUGCAGCCACAUCAACAGAGGGGGAUAAAACAUCCAAAACAGCUGAGACCGAGGAACAAAAUCUAAGACAGGAAGUCACAUCCAACAAAGCUGAGUCCAAAGACCCUGAAGAAGAAACAUCCUCAGCUGACAUGGAAACAGAGUCGGGUAAAACCCAGGAACCCAACACAUCGGAGAAAAUGAAAUAUGUCUCUGAUGUUAUAAAAACAGACGUGCCCAAUAACACUGGUAAAGAUACGCUGCAGCUUGACAGUAAUGAAGCCAAACCAGAAGAGCCGCUGGUGAAAGAAACCCCAGAAGUCAUCAAAGUGGCCGAGGCACAGUCUGACAGCAGAGAUGAUUCAAAGGAAACCCAUGACACGGAAGCACCAGCUGUCAGUAAAGAGACAGAAACAGUGAAAGAUAGCGACAGCAAAGAGACUCAGGAAGUCGCUGCUUGUUCCUCUGUCAUUAAAAGACUGGACAAACCAUCAGAGACGCAACCAUCAGAAGAAAAACCCGACAUUACUGCAGCGACCGAGACUUCAGUUAUCAAAAAGGUUGAUAAAUUAGAAUCAUCUGCUCCUACAGAGAAUGACAAAAACGACCUGAAGGGGACGCCAGAGAAUGUCGAUGAAGUCACAGAUAAGACCGAGGAAACGGAAAAGCGUGAAGACGUAGCGGAAAAUGUCAACUGUGACAAAGCUUCACUGCAACAGGAUCUUAAGAAAAGUGACUCUGCGCCCGAGCCGAUGGAAGUGGAAGGAGUCAGCGUUAAAGACGAUCUGAAGAAGUCAGAAGAAAAUGGUGAUAAAACUGAGGCAAAAGCUGCUGAAACAAAAGAGGAAACAUCAGAAGGGAAUAAUAAAUCCAGUCAGGAAAAGGAGACAAACGUCCCUGAAGAAACUCAGGAAAAAGCUACAGAAAGUGAAAAUCAGAAACCAGACGACUCACCAAAGGCAACAGAGAUGGAGCAGGUGUCCUCUGAAAAGAAAACCGACUCUGAAAAGGAAAGUGGGAAAGGCUCUGAAGGUGAGAAAUCUUUGAACGAUAAACAUCCCUGUAAGGACCGCAGAGAGGAGGAGGAAUCAGCAGGAGAUAAAGCCCCGAAACCGGAUCAGUCGGACGAGAAUAAACAAAGUGAAAAUUCUGACAAAUCGGAAAAAAAUGAACUACAAGGAGCUGAUGCCAAAUCCUCAGCUGAGUCUGAAGAACUAAAGAGCACAGAAGUACCAUCAAAUAAAGUUGCUGACGAGGAAAACAAAAGCGGGAAAGAGGAAACAAGAGAAGAUGUCAAUGGCGAUGAAGCGCCGGUGGAUGUACCAAAGCGGGGCGGUCGACGGAGAACCAAACAUUUAGUUCACCGAAGAAGAGCUGAACUUCAGCAAGAGGAAAGACAGGGAGACUCGGAGUCAGAUACCAACACAGGGAUGUCACUGCGGAGAUCGCCCAGAAUCUCCAGACCCACAGUGAAGGCAGUGGAGAUCAACGAGAGGAAGGCGGAGAAGCAGCAUGCAACACCAGAGAAAGUGGAGAAGAGUAAGGCAGAGCAGGGAAAAGAAGAGGAAGAGGAAGAAGAGAAGGAAGAAGAGGUGAAGGUGGUUCAGAAGAAGCCAAGGGAGAAGAAAGCAGAUCAGGAGGGCCAGCCUAAACCUAAGGGGAGGAAAAGACGGAAGGUCCGUUGGUCCAACACCCGCACACGUCGUAAAAAGAAAAGCUCUGAAGACGAGGAAAACAGUGACGAGGAGUCCAGUGAGGAGGAAGAGAGCGAGGAAGAAGACACCAGCGAUGAAGACUACAAGGUGGAGAGGACCAAGAAGAGACGGAACCGGAACAGAGAAAGAAGGAGCUCGGACUCCUCCACGUCCUCAGACGAUGACCUACCUCCGAACGACGACCCCUGCAAACACUGUGGUCUUCCAAAUCACCCUGAGCUGAUCCUGCUUUGCGAUUCCUGUGACAGCGGCUAUCACACGGCCUGUUUGCGACCUCCUCUCAUGGUCAUCCCUGAUGGAGAAUGGUUCUGUCCGCCCUGUCAGCAUAAACAGCUCUGUGACAAACUAGAGGAGCAGCUCGUCAACCUAGAUGCUGCUUUGAAAAAAAGGGAACGAGCAGAGAGACGAAAGGAGCGUCUUAUUUAUGUUGGAAUCAGCCUAGAAAACAUCAUCACGCCCUCGGUGGAGAUGGAGGUGGAGGAGGAGAAACCUCAAAUCUUAAUCAAAGAGAAGAAAGAGUCCAAGAAACAUAAAAGCUGGGGUCAGAGGUCAACACGGACUAAAAGACCCAUCAGCUACAGAUUUGAUGAGUUUGACGAAGCGAUCGAGGAGGCCAUUGAGGAGGACAUCAAGGAAGCAGAAGGUGGAGGAGCCGGUCGAGGUAAAGACAUGGCCAACAUCACAGGCCACAGAGGGAAGGACAUGUCCGUAAUCCUUCAGGCAGACGAGGGUAAAGAGAACGGUCGACCGCCGCUCAGCACUGCCGCACAACGAAAGAAGAAACGCCGGCGACUGAAUGACCUGGACAGUGACAGCACUGUGGAUGAAGAGGAGAGCGAGGAAGAGUUCCGUCUCAGUGAAAGCUCUGAGGAGGACUUUGUCGUCUCGAACAACGAGUCGGAGGCAGAGUCCGAGGCCGACUCCAACGACAGUGACUUCGGUAGCAAAGACAGUGGAAGGCAGCGGAAAUCCUCGUGGAAACGGCAGCCGACGCGGCGAAGUUCCAGAAAGAGACGCAGGCCGAGAGGUUACUCGGACGACGAAGAGGAGGAGACUGAUGAAGACGAUGAGGAGGAAAUAGUGACUGAAGGCUCCAGUGAGUAUAGUGACAGCGACCUGGACAUGAGUCGGAGACGGUCUCGCCGCAGCCAGAAACCAACAGUGAACUACUGUGAGACGUCAGAGUCGGAAGGCUCGCAGCCCAGCGCCAAACGUCCCAAACUUAAAUCCAGCCGUCGACCCGAGAGCUCAGACAGUGAGGUGAGUUUCAAGGACUCUGAAGAGGAGUCCAGGGAGGAGAGAGUUAAGAGGCGAGCCGACUCCUCAGACGAGGACUCAAGGCAGCGACGCAGGCGUCUGGCCCUAAAGCGCAGAAGAGCGUGGGAGGACGCCGACUCGGAGGCUGGGUGGGCUGCGGCGCGGUCGGGCGACUCCUCCUCAGAGGACAGACCCGUCCGCAAACGGGUGAACCGCAUUGACUCGGACGAUGACGAGGAAGAGGAGGAACAAGAUGAGAAACCAAAGGAGAAAAAAGCAGAGGAGUCAAAGGGGACAGACUCACCGGACUGCAACACAGCAGAGGAGGCCCCCACCAACGGACAGAGCCAAGUUAAAAACCUAAAUGCCACGUGUUCUCCUCCCGCUCCUUCUUCUCCUGCUGUUGCUCCUGUUGUUGCUGCUGCUGCUGCUGCUGCUCCUCCUGCUGCUGCUCCUCCUGCAGCACUCCUCCCAAACCUGGAUCAACCCAAAACCAUCAGUGCAACACCAGCCUCUACUGCUGCUGCCCCGAAUGGCCUUGUUGGCCAGGAGAUGCCAGCCCAGGACGAAGAUGAAGACGAUCUGUUAGGAGUCACAGACCUCGUGGACUACGUCUGCAAUAACGAAGAGUUGUAAAAAAAAAACAAAAAACAAAAAAAACCAAGAAAAAUGUGCACUGUUUCAUUUUUUUUGUGGUAUUGUAUUUUUAUAUUGCUUAACUUUAUUAUUCCUACCGAGGCCCCUUCAAACACACACACACCCUCAUCGUCUUUUUUACUCGCCUGCAGCUCAUUUCUCCUCUAACGCAGUCAGAGUGGACUAGUGUCAUGCUGUCCCUGUGGGAUUGUACCGCUGCAGACCCCUCCCCCCAGCUCUACUGCCAAAUAAACCUUGCAUCUCCACCCACAACUUUCACAAUCACAAACUCUGCUUCGUCGCCCAUCGUGAUCAGUGUGUAUUGGAGAACAUGGGAAAUCAUUCUGUGGCACGAAGUCUGGAGAUCAAACAUACAUUUGAUUUCACUUUCAUUCCUAAACUCUUUGGUCAAACUAGAAAUUUCACAGUUUUACUUUCCUCAAAUGAUCAUGGAAUUGUGUUCUGCUUUAAAAAGGUUUAUUUACAAUAAUUUUAGAAACAAUCAUUGUCCUUUCAGAGGGCCUACCUGUGAGGUAGCAUAUUUUGAAUAGCAUUUCUGCCACCUAGUGGUGAAUAUUUUCUACUGGUAAAUAUUUUUCACCCAAGAACUUUAGCAAAGGCAAAGAGAAAUGAGAGAAAACAUAACCAGAUGGCAGCCUGGCUGCUGGUUAAUAAAUGUCUGUAUGACUAUAGUUCAAAUUCCUGCAUACUCCACAUUUAGCUGUGAAUUCUACAGUUUUUAGAAUUGGUUUGUGCCUGUGACGAUAUGGCUUGGUGAUGAUGGAAAACAAUAUAAAUGUUUUUUUGUUUUUGUUUUCUUUGCUGUUGGCAGGUCAGAGAAAUGCAACACUAAGUUUUGAUGAGUGGUGGCGAUCUUCUCAUCUCAUUCUUCCAGACAUUUUCAAAAAUAUCUUAAUCUUUCUUACACGUCCUGAGUGAAGUUGAAACUAUUUAUUAUUGGAGGAAAAUAAUCAGUUUCUACCAAACAAAACAAAUCAUCUUUCUUUUUUUUAAAUUCCUGAAUAUUUAAGUGUUAUCAACAUUUUUCCUGACAUGAAGGUGUGAAUGUAAAUCAGUGACCAAUCCAUUUGCCCUGGAAGCCUCCAGUUCAUCUUUAGUGUAGCUUUUGUACAUUGUUUUAACAUAACAAUAAAAUUAAUAAGUGGUCAUUUUACUAUGUGCACUGACUUCAGCAUCAGUGCUGAACUUCUGACAAACAAUCAAACAGUCAAAUCGCAACUUUUAGUCUAGCUUUCCCUCAUCUUGGUCUUGUUACUUUUGUGACUAUUAUUUUUUUUAAACAAUAAUGUAUUUUUUUGUAUAUCAUAACGUGUACUGUUGUCUGAAAAUGUAAAGUGGUUUAUUUUUUAUUUUCUUUUGUACAUUGCAAAAAAUAACAACACUCAUGCUCCAAAGUUAACCCUGUCACAUUUUCUGUUUUAAUUCUUUCUGCUCUUUAUGUUUAAAAAUCUAGUUUCAACCAGAUUCUGUCUCCUUAACUUGUAGUGGAGACAAAUUGGACAGAAAGAGAAGAAAAACAUAGAGUGACAACGAGUCUUUUGUCCUCGGCUGGAUCCUGUCUGUGUAUAUCUAGUUUUUCUUGCUGUAUUAUAAAUAUUUAGAGGCAUUUUUUCUAUAUAUAAAAAAAACAAAAACAAAAAAUAUACCUGUAUAUGGGGCAAUUCUUUGGGAUUGCAUGAGUUUCUAAUUGAUUUCUUUUGUAGAGAGUUAAUAUUGGCUCAGUUUUUUUUUCCUUUUUGUAAGAUAACCAGAAAACUUUGGCAUGUGGAUGUGUGUGUGUGUGAAAGAGAGAAAUACGGAGCAGAAAAGCAUGAACUGAUGUUAAGGUUUGGUUCGUGGAGGAAUGUGUCAGAGUAAAAAAAAAAAUCUAAAUCUUAUUUACGGGGAAAAACGUAAAAUGUUUGUGUAAAUUCAUGGCAGCAUGGUUUUCACAGGAUCGACCGCUGUUGAUACUCAGACCCCAAUGUGACGUACAGGCAAAACAGAAAAAAACCGUUAAAGUUUUUAAGGUUAGUCGGUUUAAAGAAGCCAAAAGAAAAAUAUGCGUUUUUGUUUUGUUUGUUUUUUUGUUAAAUUUUCUUUACAUUGAACACGACGGUUAUGAAAUAACCGACUGUAAACAGGAAAAGAGAGAAAUUACAGGUGGUGACGGUACAUUUUUAAAAAAAAAAGUUGAUGUUAGUGCCAAUGAGACAAGUGUUAACAGUUUCCUCUUUACCUCAUAACGACUGUAGGACGAAGGACGUUCUGUCCUUACACUGUGGACGCACACACACCGGUGGUCCACGGCUCCUCGCUGUGUUUUUGUUAACUUGACUCUUGUUUCCUAUGGAUCUGCUCUUGUACAUUUGUCAUAAUAAAACAGCUUUGAAGCCUCA